AUGUGCUUGCGUCAAAAUGAUAAAAGCUGGGUCAACCGGAGCCCGAUCAUUCCCUGGACCCUCCUGGACGCUGACCAGCACUCUGUCUUCGGUUCUCCAGGCACAACUGUCGUACGACAGAAAGUAACUACGAAGCAUGGCUGGCUUGGUGACUAUGAUUAUCGAUGGCUCUGUCUGCCAUCUCUUCCUACAGCUAGACGCAAACAACCGCCAUUUUUUGGCAUCGAUGACGAGCUCCCGCUCGUGCUGGCUAUGACAAGCGGGUUGCAGCACGCACUUGCGAUGCUUGCAGGUCUCAUUGCGCCGCCCAUCAUCUUUGCCAGUUCCUUGAUGCUGGACCCUGCCACAUCAUCCUACAUGAUAUCAGCUUCACUCAUUGGAUCCGGAACCAGGCAUUCUAAGUUUAGUCCAAUUGUCACGCUUCAAGUUGUGGGGGGCUAUUAUCUUGGUACUGGGCUUUUGUCCGUGGUCGGGACGAGUUUUGCUACGCUCAGCACAGCAAAUGCCAUUUUCAAUAUGAUGUACGCCAACGGCACAUGUCCUUCGACAACUGCUAUGGAUGGCACUAUCACGCGAAGUCCAUGCCCAGAUGCCUAUGGGAUGCUACUUGGUACCUCCCUUAUCUGCGCAUUUUUAGAGAUCGGAUUGUCAUUUCUUCCUCCGCGGGUUUUGCAGCGGAUUUUUCCUCCCAUGGUUACUGGCACCGUUAUCCUCAUGAUCGGGGCAUCUCUUGUCGGGUCUUCUGGCAUCCUUGAUUGGGGUGGUGGUUCGAAUGGGUGUCAAGCGCGCCCAACUAGCGGGAUCUAUCAGCUAUGUCCAACAGUUGGGUCUCCCCAUGCUUUACCAUGGGGCUCUCCUCAGUUCAUAGGUCUUGGAUUCCUCUCUUUCGUGAGCAUAAUUCUCACAGAACUCUUCGGCUCUCCAUUCCUCAAGAAUGCGAGUAUCAUCGUCGGCUUGCGCACCAUCACGAGUGCACCUGCAAUCACAUUCUUAUGGGUACAUCGAUUCAAGAUCAAUGUGUACCCACCAGCUAUUUUGCCUAUGCUGGCAGUUUACGUAUCAACGACAAUGGAAGCAAUUGGCGACAUAACUGCUUCUGCGGAAGUGUCCCGUAUCCCUGUUGAGGGAAAAGAUUUUGAUUCAAGAAUACAAGGCGGUGUUCUGAGCGAUGGGAUAGGAGGAUUUAUUUCUGCCCUGUUUACCGUCACUCCUCUAUCGGUAUUUGCUCAGAAUAACGGUGUCAUUUCUGUCACUCGCUGUGCAAACCGCACAGCAGGAAGGUGGUGUUGCGCCUUCCUUAUCAUCUUCGUACCCAACCCCGUCUUGGGUGGUGUGACGACGUUCCUCUUCGCAAGCGUCGCCGUCUCAGGUCUCCGCGUUCUUUCCUACGUCAAGUACACGCGGCGCGACAGAUUCAUCCUCGCUGCAGCAUUGUCGUUCGGCAUAGGGGACCUUCUCGUGCCUGAUAUCUUCACUUAUCUAUUUGAUGGUGUGGAUAACCCAAGUAAAGGCCUCCAAGGGUUGUUUGAGAGCAUCACGAUUGUGCUAAGCACGCCCUUUUUGGUAUCUGGCAUCGUUGCCUUGGUGCUGAACCUAAUACUCCCGCAGGAUAUGUUACAGCAGGACGAAGAUAAGGAGGAUGUGGAAGUUACACAGGAUUUGGAGAUUCAGGUGCUAGAACAGGAGCGAAUGAUGUGA